AUGUGGACGGACCCAGAAAUCAAAAACAUGUCGAUGUAUCGGUUAAUGAAUCACAUUAACUUCAUUGACUUCCUUCAACUACUAUGCCAUUUCGUUAGUGGAUUUUUCGCAAUUUAUCCUGAAAUUAUUCAACGCUCUCGCUUCUUCUCAAGUUUUAUUGGAUCAACUGUGAACAGUCUGUGGCAAGCGAUGUUUCCAUAUCUUUUCGUGCUAUCUAUCAGCCGCAUCCUUAUAAUCAAAAAGAGAAUGGAUCCAAACAAACUAUCUUUACCUAUGCUAGUCAUUUUGAUUGUUGGGUGGCUAUUCACAAUUACUGUAUGGUUAUGGUCUUGGUUUGGUAUGGCCUUCGUAUUUGGCAGAGUUGGAUGGGAGUACGAUUUCUCGAUGUGGAGCUCUCCUUAUUUGAAGUUCAUUGAACUCGGAUGGUGCGUGCCAACAAUUUUGUCUUCCUACCUCAUUUACCUGGGAAUAAUUGUUCAUUUUGUGUUGGUAAGUCUCAACCAUAUUAUUAGUCUAUAA